AGAAACCAUAUCAGUGUGAUAUCUGUGGUCAGUCAUUCAUGCGUAAAGAUAUUUUAACUACACACAGACGUAUUCAUACAGGAGAGAAACCAUAUCAGUGUGAUAUGUGCAGUAAAUCAUUCGCUAAAAGUACUAACUUAACUGAUCACAAACGCAUUCAUACUGGAGAAAAACCAUAUCAUUGUGAUAUCUGUGGUAAAUCAUUCAAUCAAAAUAACCAGUUAAUUAAACACAUACGCAUUCAUACAGGAGAAAAGCCUUAUCACUGUGAUAGCUGUGACAAAUCAUUCUCUCGAAAUGAUGAGUUAACUACUCACAGAUACAUUCAUACAGGAGAGAAACCUUACAGGUGUAAUAUCUGUCGUAAAUCAUUCCCUCAAAAUAGUGCCUUGACUAUACACAAACGUAUCCAUGUUGGAGAAAGCCGAUAUAUUUGCGAUAUCUGUGGUAAAUCAUUCCUUCGAAAGGAUUCUUUGCGUCAUCACAAACAUAUUCAUACUGGAGAAAAUCCAUAUUGUGAUAUCUGUGGUAAAUCAUUCAUUCGGAAUGAUGCUUUGCAUCUUCACAAACGCAUUCAUACUGGAGAAAAACCAUAUCAUUGUGAUGUCUGUGGUAAAUCAUUUUCUCAACGUCCUGCUGUAACAGUACAUAAACGUGUUCAUACCAGAGAAACGCCAUAUCAUUGUGAUAUCUGUGGUAAAUCAUUUACUUGGAGUAACCAUUUGAAGACACAUACACGCAUUCAUACUGGGGAAAAACCAUAUCAUUGUGAUAUUUGUGGUAAAUCAUUCUCUCAAAGUACUGCUUUAACUGCACAUAAACGUGUUCAUACUGGCGAAAAGCCUUAUCAUUGUGACAUCUGUGGUAAAUCAUUCUCUAACAGAAAGGUAUUAUCUACGCACAAAUGUAAUCUAACUACACAUAUACGUAUUCAUACAGGAGAGAAACCAUAUCACUGUGAUAUCUGUGGUAAAACGUUCUCAAGAAAAGACGAAUUGACUAUUCAUAAACGUGUUCAUACAGGAGAGAAACCAUAUCAGUGUGAUAUCUGUGGUCAAUCAUUUACUCGUAAAGAUAUUUUAACUACACACAGACGUAUUCAUACAGGAGAGAAACCAUAUCAAUGUGAUAUGUGCAGUAAAUCAUUCUCUAAAAGUACUAACUUAACUGAUCACAAACGCAUUCAUACUGGAGAAAGACCAUAUCAUUGUGAUUUCUGUGGCAAAUCAUUCAAUCAAAAUAACCAGUUAAUUAAGCACAAACGUAUUCAUACUGGAGAAAAACCAUAUCACUGUGAUGUCUGUGACAAAUCAUUCUCUCGAAAUGAUGAGUUAACUACACACAAACACAUUCAUACAGGAGAGAAACCUUAUCGGUGUGACAUCUGUGGUAAAUCAUUCCCUCAAAAUAGUGCCUUGACUGGACACAAACGUAUUCAUACUGGAGAGAAACCAUUCCCUUGUGAUAUUUGUGGCAAAGCAUUUGUUCAAAGUAGUGAUUUAAAGGGACAUAAACGUAUUCAUACAGGAGAAAAACCAUAUCAUUGUGAUAUUUGUGGUAAGGCAUUUUCUCAAAGUCCUGCUGUAACUGUACACAAAAGAAUUCAUACUAGAGAAAAGCCAUAUCACUGUGAUAUCUGUGGUAAAUCAUUCCCUCGAAGUAAUUCUUUGACUGAUCAUAAACGUAUUCACACUGGAGAAAAGCCAUUUCAUUGUGAUAUCUGUGGUAAAGCAUUUAUUCGGAGUAACGAUUUAAAGGGACAUAAACGUAUUCAUACUGGAGAAAAGCCAUAUCAUUGUGAUAUCUGUGGUAAAUCAUUCUCUCAACGUACUGCUGUAACUGUACAUAAACGUGUUCAUACCAGAGAGAGGCCAUAUCAUUGUGAUAUCUGUGGUAAAUCAUUCUCAUACAGUAACCUAUUAACUAAGCACAAGUGUAUUCAUAUGGGAGAAAAAUCAUACCAAUGUGAUCUCUGUAGUAAGUCAUUCUCUCAACAUGAUUUAGCUGUUCAUGUCUGUAUUCUUCCAUGAGAGAAAGACUGAAAAAUCUCUUAAAUAUAUCCUAUUCAUAACCAUGUAUGAUACUAAAUAAGAAGGAAUAAACAAAUCAUAAAAUAUAGUCUUUCACCAUACUUUAAUAGGAUAGAAGUAUGUGAUGUACUUAUACAUCUGGAUUGUGGGUACACUUUUUCUGUAUGUUGUGUAUAUUCUUUCAGGUAUAUUAUGUUGAUUCUUGUUUUAUCAUUAUUGUAUUUUAUCAAGAGACCAAUUCUUUUGUUGGUAAUGUCUUUAAUUUCAUCUAUGACAUGGUUCCUUCAUGAGUUUAUGGUGAAAAUUAAUGUUAAGUUGUCAUUGCUGUAUUAAACUUUACAUAAAAACAAAAUUGGUGGAAACAUUUUUUGAAUUAAUAUCAUCAAUGUUUUUUUUUAUGUCCAUUGUUAAUGCUGGAAUGUGUUGGACCACAUCAUCAUCAUCAUCAUUAUUGUCUGAUGAUUAUAAAGAUUGUCAUCUCAAGCAUUUUGUCAUUUCAAGUGUAAAUUCCAGAGUUCUAAUUGCAACAGUCUCUUCAUAUUUUUUAUAUUAAUUUAAACUCUAAAUAAAACUGGCUUACUAUGAAA